AUGGCUGCGUCGAAGCCGAAUUGGUGGAAAGCCAGCACCUGCUACCAGAUCUGGCCUGCCUCGUACAAGGACAGCAAUGGCGAUGGAAUUGGUGACAUUCCCGGCAUCAUCAGCACAUUACCCUACCUGAAAGAUCUCGGGGUGGAAACAAUAUGGCUGUCACCCAUGUACGACUCGCCGCAGAAGGACAUGGGCUACGACAUUUCCAACUACGAAGACGUCUAUCCCGCUUACGGAACACUGGCCGAUAUGGAUCGGUUAAUCAAGGAGUGCCACGACCGCGGGAUGAAACUGAUUCUGGAUCUGGUCAUCAACCACACCAGCGACCAACACUCGUGGUUCCAGGAAUCGCGCAAAGGCAAGACCAACCAGUACGCCGACUGGUACGUCUGGCGGGAUCCGAAGAUGAUCAACGGCAAGAGACACCCGCCGAGCAAUUGGCGGUCCAUCUUUGGCGGCAGUGCGUGGGAGUACUGUGAAGAGCGCGACCAGUAUUACCUCCACCUGUUCGUAAAGGAGCAGCCGGAUUUAAAUUGGGAGAAUGAGGAGACCCGCAAGGCAGUCUACAAAUCCGCCAUCGAGUUCUGGCUGGACAGGGGCAUCGACGGAUUCCGCGUGGAUGCCUGCAACUUGUACUCCAAGGACGUAUCCUUUCCCGACGCAGUCACGAAGCUCCAUGGGGAGGAAUUCCAGCCUGCGGAAGAUUUCUACAUCAACGGCCCGCGCAUGCACGAAUGGUUCAGGGAGCAACGCCAACAGGUCCUCGACAAGUACGGUGACAUCUUGAUUGUUGGGGAACUGCCCGGCACGGACGCGGCAGAGGUCCUGAAAUACGUUUCCGCCGAGGCGAGAGAGCUGAGCUGUGUCUUCGACUUCGAUGUUGUCAACCUGGGAACGCCGAACGGAGGCGGAGGGAAGAAGCACCACACAGUGCGGCACACGUUGCCACAGUUCAAAGAAGCGAUUCGCAAGGUGCAGCGUCUGACCGACGGCACGGAUGCCUGGACGACGGUGUUCCUGGAGAACCACGACCAGGGCCGCAGCCUGUCGCGAUUCGCCACGGACAAGCCGCAGUGGCGCGAGAAGGCGGCCAAGAUGCUCGCCGUGCUGAUGUGCACGCUCACGGGCACGCUGUUCAUCUACCAGGGCCAGGAAAUCGGCAUGUACAACCACCCGGAGCACUGGGGGGUCGAGGAGCUGCGGGACAUCGACUCGCUCAACGCGUACAACGACGUCAAGACGCGGCACCAGGACGACCCGCUCUGGCUGAGGAAGGCCAUGAAGGGCUUGCAGUUGGUGGGCCGAGACAACGCCCGCCUGCCCGUGCAGUGGGACGCCUCCGCCAACGCGGGCUUCACAACGGGGAAGCCGUGGAUCCGCGUGCACGACGACUACCGGGCCGUCAACGUGGCCGCGCAGCGCGGCGACCCGGCCUCGGUCCUGUCCUUCUGGAAGGACAUGAUCCGGCUACGCAAGGAGCACGUCGAGCUGACCGUCUUCGGCCGCGACUUCCAGGUCUGGGACUUCUUCGACCAAGACGUCUUCACCUUCACCAAGGCCCACCCGGACGGCGGCGGCCGCAAGUUGCUCGUCUUCCUCAAUUUCUCCGACGACACCCAGCCCCUGCACUACCCGCCCGGCUUGGAGGAGCGCGUGAAGAAGGAGCUAUUGGUCAGCAAUCUCGCCCCAGGGAGGGAGGUCGGCAGGUACUUGACCCCGUGGGAGGCAAGGGUGUACUUGGUCAGGGAGAGCGUGGUUAAUGGGCAUUGA